AUGAUAAAGCAAUAUCACAGCAGAGAAGGGAACAAGUGGGUAAAGGUCUGUCCAAUUACAGACAUUGAGGUCGAGAGGAACAGUGAGAAUGAAUUGGAGGUAGACAUGGCGGAUGUUGAAGUGAAGACAUCUGGAAUGAUGCAGACACCAGUUCACUAUGCGGCUAAGUAUGACGCUGCUAAUUCCCUGCACUGUCUGUUGAAGCACGAUGCUAACAUGAAGGCUCGAGACUACAAACAGCGAACCCCUUUGCAACUGGCAACAGAGCUUGAUCGAUCGGAGUCAGUUCGAUUGUUAUUGCAGUUUCAAGCAGAUGCUGGAGUUCAUGAUAAUACAGGGCAAUCAUGUCUGACGUUAAUGGCUAUAGGCAUGUCUCAACUUGCAUUAAUAGCCUUGGAUCAGUUCCUCAUUAAGGACAGAGCUAACCGAAAACAAUACUUCAUGCUGAACCUUCUGAUACCCCAGCCUUCAGAGACCGAUAACAGUCGUACCAAGUCCUUACUUGAAGUGAUUGUUCAAUAUCGACAGCUGGACCUCAUCAUGCAUCCUGUUGUACAGAAAUUAAUUCAACUUAAAUGGAAACGUUUUGGAAGGAGAGGGGUUGCAAUUAUGUUGAUCCUAAAUAUCUUCUUCAUCUUGUCCUGGACUGUUCUUGGACUUACUUCAUCGCUAUCAUAUAGUGAAAAAUUAAAGUACGAUCUACCUGGUGACUGGUGGAAAAUAGUUAUUGCCAUCAUAGCAAUUGGACUCACUGGCUAUCAGGUUGUAGAGGAAUUUAUUGAAAUCCAUUCUUCAAAUACAAAGUUUACUCGCUGGAAGGAUUGGAGAAGCAAGGAAAUAAUGAAGGAUCUUAACCUGUGUCACCCAAGAUGGCCAGAGGAGGAGUCAUAUCUAAAGAAACAGUUGGCUGGACUGGAAGAAAUGCAUCCCAACUAUUUUAAAGAUUUUUGGAACCUGUUUGACUGGAUGGUUUAUCUGCUGCUCUUUGCUCUGAUAGCAACUCAUGUGGUUGAUCUGACAACAGACAAUGAAUUUAUUCACAUUGCGCACAUUCGACUUUUUGCUGUGACUGUCAUAUUCCUUUGGCUUCGGCUCAUGAAGCACGUCCGAGCUAUCAGAGCUCUGGGACCUUUCAUCGUAAUGCUUGGAAAGAUUAUCGUUGACCUCUUGAAGUUCCUCUUUAUUUAUGGAGAGUUUUACAUUCCUUUUGCUUGUGCAUUUUGGAUCAUAUUUGGUGGAUUAGUAUCAAAUAUGACAACUUUGCCCCAGAUGAUGUUUACUGUCUUUCGUAUUACGCUGGUUGAUGAUUAUCGGUUUGAGGAUAUGUACGAAAAGGACCCAGUAAUGGCCUAUUUUCUCUGUGGAACAUUUCUUGGGGUCUCGAGCAUUCUUUGUAUCAAUCUUCUGAUAGCACUGCUUUCAGACACGUUCCAAAGAGUUUAUGACAAUGCAAAUGCAAAUGCAGACAUGCAACAGGCUAGCAUUGUACUAUACGUUGAAGACCAUCUCAGUCAGGGGAGAAAGAAUAAGUUUCAAGAAUUUAUUCAUAAUUCAUGUGCACCUUUAGAAAUAUUCUUUGACGAUGACCUGACGAUAGAUCAAGAAGAUGAUCUCAAAAAAGUCACCAUUCAAAUAAAGGAAGAUAUAGACAAUCUCACAAAUUUAAUACAAAUGGAAGAAUGGGAAAAAGCUGAAUAUGAACAGAGUCCUAAAAGCAAACGUUCCAGGAGGUUUUGGGGCAACAGUCGUAGCCAAAGUCAGGAUGAAGAUUCAGAAGACUGGCAGUCCCUGCCCUCCCUUCCACUGCUGGGCUUCCAGGCCCCAGGGAAACCUACAUGGCAGCAGUGA